CACGUCGCCUGGGUAGCCAAGAUGGCGGCGGCGGAGGGGAGCGGCGCCGGGGGGCCGUUGUUUGCAGGUCUCGCGGAUGUGUCGAUAUCUGAAGAUAUUCCAGUGGAAGGGGAGAUUACUGUUCCUGUCGGAUCUCGCUCUCCUGAUGAAGACUACUCCACGCUGGAUGAGCCUGUUAGGGAUACUAUUAUGAGAGAUCUGAAGGCCGUUGGGAAGAAAUUUGUCCAUGUCAUGUAUCCGAAGAAGAGUAGUGCGCUCCUCAGAGACUGGGAUCUUUGGGGCCCUUUGGUGCUUUGUGUCUCGCUUGCACUGAUGCUUCAGGGUGGAUCAGCAGAUAGUAAAGACGACGGAGGGCCCCAGUUUGCUGAGGUCUUUGUCAUCAUCUGGUUUGGUGCAGUUGUCAUCACACUGAACUCAAAGCUUCUCGGAGGAACUAUAUCCUUUUUUCAGAGCCUGUGCGUUCUGGGUUACUGUGUCCUGCCCCUGACAGUAGCGAUGCUGGUGUGCAGGCUGGUACUGCUGGCAGGUUCUGGGACUGUCAGCUUCAUUAUACGUCUUAUUGUAGUCGUAGCUAUGUUUGGUUGGUCAACGUUAGCAUCUACAGCUUUCCUGGCAGACAGUCAGCCUCCAAACCGCAAAGCUCUUGUUGUGUACCCCAUCUUCCUCUUCUACUUUGUUAUCAGCUGGAUGAUUCUCACCUUUACACCUCAGUGAUCUCCGAUCAGAAGAGACUGUGUAAUACGGACUGGAGUUUUUUCAUGAACGCUGCAGUUAAUCGUUGGCUUUAUCUCUUUCUAAUUUAUAUAUAUAUAGAUAUUGUAAAAAGGCAGGUUAUGGGAUAAAGCCAGAGAACUGCAAAAAUUGGUCGCUUGUGUGUCCCUCUUUUUGAAAGAUACAGAGGUCCAGCUGCUGAGGGGUUUUUUAUUUAGCCCUGCUCUUUAGUUGUGUUAAAUAAAAAAUGCCCACUGUGACAGGGAUUAUGCCGCCUGAGGAACAGAGCAGGAGAUCCUGGAAUUUCAAGACGUUGGGUAGAUGAAGUUAUAGGAUCGCACGACUUGGCAGAAUUCUUGCUUGUGCUUGGAUUCUCACUGAAGAUGAAUAUGCCUUAUGAAAUAAUGGAACUUCAUUACUGUUAUGUGUUGGGUAGGGAAGAAAUGUGUUUGACUCCUUUUUCAUUUACUUAAGGAGUGGCAAAAGGUAUAUAAAGUGCAUCGUAGGACUGUGAGCUUUCACUUUGAAACUAGAUUUCAGCAAAAAAUAAGUUGGGUCCAUUUUGCAGUUAAUUGGAGCUGGGCGGAAGGGAAUUGCCUGUGCUCAUAUUCAUGUAUUGUGUAUUUGUUUCAUCCCUUCAUAUGUCAAGAAAGAGUGUUUCAGCCAAAUGCCUUCAACACCAUAGUUACAGUGACUAACCUGUGUAUCUCGUGAGAGGGUGUGUUUACACUGGAUAGUUACCGAUCUUUCCACGUGACCGUAGAUAGAGAGUAAAACGUCCUGGAGAAACAGUCAAAACUGGUUUGCGACAGGGACUUAGCUGUCACUGCAUAUUGAGAAUGGAAAACUGUCUGGAGAGUACCAAGUAAAGUGUGUGUGCGUAUAUAUAUGUUAAAAAAAAAAAAGUGUGAAGUAAGUUGAGGUUUUGAUACGUAAGAUGUUUGGGUGCUAACAUACCACACCAGGACUUAUGCCCAAAAGUCUUAAAACGGGUUGGAGGAAGGAAACUAAAUCAUGAGGAAGGUGGUGGCUGCUAUGAAGUAGGAUGUGAAUUCUGGUCUUAACUGCUUGUAUGUGACUUUUCAUUUGGUUGUUUACAUGGACAGCGUUUCAACAUAAAUGCGUACAAAUUUGCAUAUUGUUUCUUUGUACUUAUAAGUUGUGAGAAACUUUUCUAUAGGUGGGGGGUUUUGGGGUUUUUUUUUGCUUAAUACUUUUUAUAAAAGGGAAGGAGGCUUUCUUCUCCAGUUCCCUGUAGGUGCACUUAUGUACCUUGCCUGGAGAUCCAUAUAUAGUGUGUAGAAGUGUGUCAUUUAUAUUUCAGCAUAGGGAUUAAGACCUGGAGAAUUGCUUUUUGAAAACUGUACAGAAAUUAUUUAUGUUGUCCAUUAUUUUCAGUAAGCGAUCCAAGGGGAGAGCUUUGAAACAUCUGGGGGUGAAAAGGCUGCUGUUAAAAUGUCACUUUUCCUGAAAAUGAGCAUCAUAUUUCCUUUUUCCUAUAGUAAUGCAGAUAGACCUGAAAUUGAUGUACGUGGGUCCUGCUGAGGUGUAAAUACGCCUAAUUUAUAUUUAUAUAUAAAAGUGCAGUUUCUGCUAUAAACACUGUAAGUAUUUGAUAGUUGGGAUGGAAAUGUCUAAAUGCACAGAUUAAAAGUACAUUUUUGCAUUUCUGGGAGUGUGGGAGAAGAGGGAAGGAGAAAUCGGUUGCUCUCGGCAGGGACCCAGCUUUGCUGCAGAGCAGUCGUUAGCAGCGAGGAUGUGUGAAGCUGACGGCUGUUCUUGCCGCCUUCCUUACGCCUCCGUCCGUGGCUGUUGCAGGGUGCUGCGAGAGGAGCUGUAGUGUUUCAUAGAUGUGGGUAUAAAAUGGCAAUGGGGAAUUUUUAAACUUCCAAGUGCGCAGUUUUCCAUUCAUUUAAACAUUAGCUUUAUGAAGCUGAAGAAAUAUUUGGGGGAAGUAGACAGUAAAGCUAUUGAUGGCUACAGGAUUCUUUAAGCCAAAUCUUUCUUUCCUGCUGGAGCGCAAGAAUUUAACCAGACUUUUAGAGAAAUCCUUGGAAUUCUGUCUCUGUAGUGUCUUGUGACUUAAGCUGAUAUAUCUGAAAGAUAUUUGGAGUAACAUUUAAUUGAUCCAGUAUCUUUUUGAAAAGAAGGAAAAUGAUUAAGAGGAAUUAAAAUCUCAGCUUUUUCCUUGCUUGUUUUUGACUUAGAUGUAAGUCUCAUGAUGGUUUGUUCUGUAUCAUUGCUCUUGGCUUAUACAGGAGAGAAGUUAUUUUUAUAUUAACUAGAUUUACUUUUCAACUGAUCACUGAAGUUUUUAGUUGAGAGGUGUUUUUAAUCUGAAAGAACAGGCAGAAAUAUACUGGUUAUAUGGUGAAGGUGUGGUUUGUUUGUUUGUUUUUUUGACUCACAGCAAUCCUUUGUUAGUAUGGAAGCCAUCAUCUUCUAAAGCUGUAAAAUCUUUAAGUGGGUUUAUGUCACUAAAGAUGUAACUUGCCCUAAGGUUUUAGCUGGCAGGAGGCAGGCAGGAAACUAGAUUUUCAUGCCUCCAGUUGAAUAAAGUUACAUGUCUUACGCAUGGUGGUUUUUUUAACCGUUGUUUCCUCUAGCAGAGAGUAGAGGACGUUAAUGUCCUCGGCCAGGAAUUCUAGUUGCUGUAGCUCAUUGCCUGACUCGCCUUGCUUCUCUCAGCUUUCUGUCGUGUGAGAUGUGCUGGAUGCCAAUACACUUAAAAGCACACAGUAUAUCUUGUCAGAAAGAAUUUCCCCACCACAAUGUUGUAAUGGGUUCUGGAAGAGCUUCACUGAGAGUGGCUUGGCCUUUCAACUUGAAGAUGAUGAUCUGUUGAAAAACGUCGCCCUUUUUAUAAGUAGAAUAUAAUUGCUUAGAAAGGCAGAGAGAGCAAGCGAUGAGUACCAGUGGAAAUGAGCAUCAGACUGAUUAAUUGAAGGUUAACUGUCUUCUGUGACUUCAAAAAAUUAAGAAGCCAAAACUGGAAUUUGUUCCUCGGUCAAACUUUGAUGUUCUGUAGCGUCAUGGCUUGUGUUGAAUCGGCUCGCCCGUCAGCAAACAGGUGGUUCCCCAAGUGAACUAGAUAUGGACACAUUAAAGCACGAUUGAAAAAUUUCAGGUUUAGGCAAGGAAGAUACCUUGAGAUUAUUUGAUAUUUGCAGACUGCCCAGAAUUCAUGUUGAUGAUAGUCCUUUAAAAUGAUGGUAUUACAUGAGAGCGCUGAGAGCGCCUGUUCAUCGAAGGGUAUUUCAUCUUGUUCAGCCAGUUACAGAGCGCAUUCCUCCAAAAAUGCAUGCAGGUAAGUAAUCCUUAUAACCACAACAUAUAUUUUUAAUUUCUUAUGAAAAUGUAUGUGAUAACUCAAUUGUCAUGCUUUCCAAGGGGAAAAAGUCUCUUCUUGUUUAAAGCCAGCUGAGGGAAGGGUAGCAAGGAGAAAAGCAGAUGUCUUGCCUUUAAUGAAGUGUUUUAACUUUUCUGUAGAGAAAGCGGAUGAUUUUCUGAUGCAUAAACCAGGCUUUCUUUCCUACUAAGAUUUUUUUUUAAAUACUGUUUAUCAACUGAAGUUGUUGUAUAUGUUUGAAUCUGAAUUUAAUUUUGAUCUAUUUAAUACCAAUGAAAAGGAAAAUAAUUUAUCUGUUUUAACUUUAAAAUUUAUAAAUUAAAACACGUUGA